AUGUCUACAUUCAUCCGUCGGUACAGCCGCUAUCUGAAUGAGAAAGCCAUGUCUUACAGACUGGUGGCUGUGGACUUUACCAAGAUGAAGAGGGGGUAGGACACACUAUUUCAUUCAUCUAGCACAGUACGGGUCAGGUUGAUUCUAUACGAUGAAUCGGGUAAAACAGGCCUUAGCAACCUGUCACUACCAGCUGGUCCAGGAAAAGGAAACGAACUGCAAAUGUGUGUGUAUAUUUUCCAGGAUUGACGGCGUAAUGCGUACCAUGAGCACAGAGAAGCUCAUCAAGACCUUGCCUAUUAUCCAGAACCAACUAGACGCACUGCUAGACUUCCAGGUGAGUGUGUGCUGAGGAGGGGUGUGGUUUCAAUGGAAUGUGUGUAUUUACAGUGGGAGAGAUGGGCUUCAGGUGUGAGCUGACAUGUUUCAUUUGUGGUGAUUUUUUUUUUUAGAUGGCGAGAUUGAGAAAUAUGUUUUUGAAAUGAUUUUCUCUCUCGCUCCCACUUCCUCCCUCUUUCCUCGUCCUCUUCCUGCUCCUCUUUCCCCUCUCUCCUCCUCGUCCUCUUCCUGCUCCUCCUCGUCCUCUUCCUGCUCCUCCUUCCCCUCUCUCCUCCUCGUCCUCUUCCUGCUCCUCCUCGUCCUCUUCCUGCUCCUCCUUCCCCUCUCUCCUCCUCGUCCUCUUCCUGCUCCUCCUUCCCCCCCGCUCUCCUCCUCGUCCUCCCUUCCUGCUCCUCCUUCCCCUCUCUCCUCCUCAUCCUCUUCCUUCUCCUCCUUCCCGUCUCUCCUCCUCGUCCUCUUCCUUCUCCUCCUUCCCGUCUCUCCUCCUCGUCCUCUUCCUGCUCCUCCUUCCCCUCUCUCCUCCUCGUCCUCUUCCUGCUCCUCCUUCCCGUCUCUCCUCCUCGUCCUCUUCCUGCUCCUCCUUCCCCUCUCUCCUCCUCGUCCUCGUCCUGCUCCUCCUUCCCCUCUCUCUCUCUCUCCCCACCCCUCCAGGCCAACCCUAAUGAGUUAACUAACGGAGUCAUCAAUGCAGCCUUUGUACUGUUGUUCAAAGACUCCAUCCGUCUGUUUGCUGCCUACAACGAGGGAGUCAUUAACCUACUGGGUGAGGACUGA